GAGUCAGCGGUGGUGGGAUGAGGCUCUGCCCAGGGAACUGGCUGUGAAGGAUGAGUUCAGGGUGGGAUGACGGACCGCUUCUGGGACCAGUGGUAUCUUUGGUAUCUCCGCUUGCUCCGGCUGCUGGAUCGAGGGUCUUUUCGGAAUGAUGGUUUGAAAGCUUCCGAUGUCCUUCCCAUCCUAAAGGAAAAAGUGGCCUUUGUGUCUGGGGGCCGUGAUAAACGAGGCGGACCCAUCCUGACCUUCCCUGCUCGCAGCAAUCAUGACAGAAUAAGACAGGAAGACCUGCGGAAACUCGUGACCUAUUUGGCCAGCGUGCCAAGUGAGGACGUGUGCAAACGUGGAUUCACCGUCAUCAUCGACAUGCGGGGUUCCAAGUGGGACCUCAUCAAGCCCCUCCUCAAAACGCUGCAGGAAGCCUUUCCAGCCGAGAUCCAUGUGGCCCUCAUCAUCAAACCCGACAACUUCUGGCAAAAACAGAAGACCAACUUUGGCAGCUCCAAAUUCAUCUUUGAGACGAGCAUGGUGUCUGUGGAGGGCCUCACGAAACUGGUGGACCCCUCCCAGCUGACAGAGGAGUUUGAUGGCUCCCUGGAUUACAACCACGAGGAGUGGAUCGAGCUGCGGCUCUCCCUGGAGGAGUUCUUCAACAGCGCAGUGCACCUGCUCUCACGCCUUGAGGACUUGCAGGAGAUGCUGGCCCGGAAGGAGUUCCCUGUGGAUGUGGAGGGCUCUCGGCGGCUCAUAGAUGAGCACACACAACUCAAGAAAAAGGUGCUGAAAGCCCCUGUGGAGGAGCUGGACCGGGAGGGGCAGCGGCUGGGGCGCUGCAGCGAUGGCUUCUCAGGGCGCAACUGCAUCCCUGGCAGUGCCGACUUCCAGAGCCUGGUACCCAAGAUCACCAGCCUCCUGGAUAAGCUGCAUUCUACCCGGCAGCACCUGCACCAGAUGUGGCACGUGCGCAAGCUCAAGCUGGACCAGUGCUUCCAGCUGCGGCUCUUCGAGCAGGAUGCUGAGAAGAUGUUCGACUGGAUAAGCCACAACAAAGAGUUAUUUCUCCAGAGCCACACAGAGAUUGGAGUCAGCUACCAGCAUGCCCUAGACCUCCAGACGCAGCACAACCACUUCGCCAUGAACUCCAUGAAUGCCUAUGUCAACAUCAACCGCAUCAUGUCUGUGGCUUCACGCCUCUCUGAGGCUGGCCAUUAUGCCUCACAGCAAAUCAAGCAAAUUUCCACUCAGCUGGACCAGGAGUGGAAGAGCUUUGCUGCUGCCCUCGAUGAACGCAGCACCAUCCUUGCCAUGUCUGCUGUGUUCCACCAGAAGGCCGAACAGUUCCUGUCGGGAGUGGACGCCUGGUGCAAGAUGUGCAGCGAGGGUGGCCUGCCAUCCGAGAUGCAGGACCUGGAGCUGGCGAUCCACCAUCACCAGUCCUUGUACGAGCAGGUGACCCAGGCCUACACGGAGGUCAGCCAAGAUGGCAAAGCCCUGUUGGAUGUGCUGCAGCGUCCGCUGAGUCCUGGGAACUCGGAGUCCCUCACGGCCACAGCCAACUACUCCAAGGCGGUGCACCAGGUGCUGGACGUGGUGCAUGAGGUGCUGCACCAUCAGCGGCGGCUCGAGAGCAUCUGGCAGCACCGCAAGGUGCGACUGCACCAGAGGCUACAGCUCUGUGCACAUGUCAUAUGUCUUUCCUUUCGCCAGCAAGUCAUUAUUUCUGUCUUUCUUUUUGACCAGGUUUUGGACUGGAUUGAAAAUCAUGGUGAGGCCUUUCUCAGCAAACACACUGGGGUUGGGAAGUCCCUACAUCGAGCCCGCGCCCUGCAGAAGAGGCAUGAUGACUUCGAAGAAGUGGCUCAGAACACGUACACCAACGCAGACAAGCUCCUAGAAGCAGCGGAGCAGUUGGCUCAGACGGGGGAAUGUGACCCGGAGGAGAUCUACAAGGCAGCUCGACACCUGGAGGUGCGCAUCCAAGACUUUGUGCGCAGGGUGGAGCAGCGGAAGCUUCUCCUGGACAUGUCCGUCUCCUUCCACACACACACCAAAGAGCUGUGGACAUGGAUGGAAGACCUUCAGAAGGAGAUGCUGGAGGAUGUCUGUGCAGAUUCUGUGGAUGCAGUCCAGGAACUGAUCAAACAGUUCCAGCAGCAGCAGACUGCCACCCUGGACGCCACACUCAAUGUCAUCAAGGAAGGAGAAGACCUUAUCCAGCAGCUCAGGUCAGCGCCUCCCUCCCUGGGGGAGCCCAGCGAGGCCAGGGACUCGGCUGUGUCCAGUAACAAGGCCCCCCACAGUAGCUCCAUCAGCCAUAUCGAGUCGGUCCUGCAGCAGCUUGACGACGCCCAGGUGCAGAUGGAGGAGCUGUUCCAUGAGCGGAAGAUCAAGCUGGACAUCUUCCUGCAGCUGCGCAUCUUUGAGCAGUAUACCAUCGAGGUGACAGCAGAGCUUGAUGCUUGGAAUGAGGACUUGCUCCGGCAGAUGAAUGACUUCAACACGGAGGAUCUGACCCUGGCAGAGCAGCGGCUGCAGCGCCACACGGAGCGGAAGCUAGCCAUGAACAACAUGACUUUUGAGGUCAUCCAGCAGGGCCAGGAUCUGCACCAGUACAUCAUGGAGGUCCAGGCCUCAGGAAUUGAGUUAAUCUGUGAAAAAGACAUUGAUCUGGCAGCCCAGGUGCAAGAGCUACUGGAGUUUCUCCAUGAGAAGCAACAUGAACUGGAUCUCAACGCGGAGCAGACACAUAAGCGGCUAGAGCAGUGCCUCCAACUGCGGCACCUGCAGGCCGAGGUCAAGCAGGUCCUGGGAUGGAUCCGCAAUGGGGAGUCCAUGCUCAACGCCAGCCUGGUCAAUGCCAGCUCUUUGUCUGAAGCAGAGCAGCUGCAGCGAGAACAUGAGCAGUUCCAGCUGGCCAUCGAGAAGACGCACCAGAGCGCCCUGCAGGUACAGCAGAAAGCUGAGGCACUGCUCCAAGCUGGCCACUAUGAUGCCGAUGCCAUCCGGGACUGUGCUGAGAAGGUGGCCCUCCACUGGCAGCAGCUCAUGCUGAAAAUGGAAGACCGGCUAAAACUAGUCAAUGCCUCUGUGGCCUUUUAUAAAACUUCUGAACAGGUGUGCAGUGUCCUGGAGAGUUUAGAGCAAGAAUACCGGAGAGAUGAGGACUGGUGUGGUGGACGAGAUAAACUGGGGCCUGCUGCAGAGAUUGACCACGUUAUUCCACUCAUCAGCAAACAUCUGGAACAGAAGGAGGCCUUCCUUAAGGCCUGCACCCUGGCACGGCGGAAUGCAGAGGUGUUUCUCAAGUACAUCCACAGGAACAACGUCAGCAUGCCCAGUGUCGCCAGCCACACUCGGGGACCUGAGCAGCAAGUGAAAGCCAUCUUGAGUGAGCUCUUACAGAGGGAGAAUCGCGUCCUGCACUUCUGGACCUUGAAGAAGCGGCGGUUAGACCAGUGCCAGCAAUACGUGGUGUUUGAGCGCAGCGCUAAGCAGGCGCUGGACUGGAUCCAAGAAACAGGUGAAUAUUACCUCUCAACACAUACCUCCACUGGAGAGACCGCUGAAGAGACUCAGGAACUGCUGAAAGAAUAUGGAGAAUUCAGGGUGCCUGCCAAGCAAACAAAAGAGAAGGUAAAGCUUCUGAUUCAACUGGCUGAUAGCUUUGUGGAAAAAGGCCACAUUCAUGCCACAGAGAUAAGGAAAUGGGUGACCACGGUGGACAAGCACUACAGAGACUUCUCCUUGAGGAUGGGAAAGUACCGGUACUCCUUGGAGAAAGCCCUAGGAGUUAACACAGAGGACAACAAAGACCUGGAACUUGAUAUCAUCCCAGCAAGCCUUUCAGAUCGUGAGGUCAAGCUACGGGACGCCAACCAUGAAAUCAAUGAAGAGAAGCGGAAGUCAGCCCGGAAGAAAGAAUUCAUUAUGGCUGAACUACUCCAGACAGAAAAGGCUUAUGUAAGGGACUUACAUGAGUGCUUGGAGACCUACCUGUGGGAAAUGACCAGUGGUGUGGAAGAGAUCCCCCCUGGGAUCCUAAAUAAAGAGCAUAUCAUCUUUGGCAACAUCCAGGAGAUCUACGAUUUUCAUAACAACAUCUUCCUCAAAGAACUGGAGAAGUAUGAGCAGCUUCCUGAGGAUGUGGGACACUGCUUUGUUACCUGGGCAGACAAAUUUCAGAUGUAUGUCACCUACUGUAAAAACAAGCCUGAUUCUAACCAGCUGAUCCUGGAACAUGCAGGCACCUUCUUCGAUGAGAUCCAGCAGAGACAUGGCCUGGCCAACUCCAUCUCUUCCUACCUGAUUAAGCCUGUCCAGAGGAUCACCAAGUACCAGCUGCUCCUGAAGGAACUUUUAACUUGCUGUGAAGAAGGGAAAGGGGAGCUCAAAGAUGGCCUGGAGGUGAUGCUCAGUGUCCCAAAGAAAGCCAACGACGCCAUGCACGUCAGCAUGCUGGAAGGGUUCGACGAGAACUUGGAUGUGCAAGGGGAGUUGAUUCUUCAGGAUGCCUUUCAAGUGUGGGACCCGAAGUCUCUGAUCCGGAAGGGCCGGGAGCGGCACUUAUUCCUUUUUGAGAUCUCCUUGGUUUUUAGCAAAGAGAUCAAAGAUUCUUCAGGACACACGAAAUAUGUUUACAAGAACAAGCUACUGACCUCAGAGCUGGGUGUGACGGAGCAUGUGGAAGGCGACCCCUGCAAAUUCGCCUUGUGGUCUGGGCGCACCCCAUCCUCAGACAACAAAACAGUGCUGAAAGCCUCCAAUAUUGAAACCAACUUUUAGAACAUUCGAGAAGUGAUUCAAGAAAGGAUCAUUCAUCUGAAAGGAGCUUUAAAGGAGCCAAUUCAGCUCCCCAAAACACCAGCCAAACAGAGGAACAAUAGUAAGAGAGACGGAGUGGAGGAUAUUGACAGCCAGGGGGAUGGGAGCAGCCAGCCAGACACCAUCUCCAUUGCCUCAAGGACCUCUCAGAACACAGUGGACAGUGACAAGCUCUCAGGUGGAUGUGAGUUGACCGUGGUCCUUCAGGACUUCAGCGCCGGCCACAGCAGUGAGCUGACCGUCCAGGUGGGGCAGACGGUGGAGCUGCUGGAGAGGCCCAGCGAGCGGCCCGGCUGGUGUCUGGUCCGCACCACAGAGCGGAGCCCCCCGCAGGAGGGCCUGGUCCCCAGCAGCACCCUGUGCAUCUCCCACUCCCGAAGCAGCGUGGAGAUGGAGUGCUUCUUCCCCUUGGUGAAAGAUGCCUACUCUCAUUCCUCAAGUGAAAACGGAGGCAAGUCGGAGUCAGUGGCCAACCUGCAGGCUCAGCCCUCCCUGAACUCCAUCCACAGUUCCCCUGGUCCCAAGCGCUCCACCAACACCCUUAAGAAGUGGCUGACGAGUCCUGUGCGUCGGCUCAACAGCGGAAAAGCAGACGGAAACAUCAAAAAGCAGAAGAAAGUACGUGAUGGUCGCAAGAGCUUCGAUCUGGGCUCUCCCAAGCCUGGGGAUGAAACGACCCCGCAGGGAGACAGCGCUGAUGAGAAGAGCAAGAAAGGUUGGGGUGAAGAUGAGCCAGAUGAAGAGUCACAUACCCCUCUCCCUCCACCAAUGAAGAUCUUUGACAAUGACCCCACCCAGGAUGAGAUGUCUUCCUCUUUGCUAGCAGCCCGGCAGGCUUCCACUGAAGUACCUACUGCUGCAGACCUUGUCAGUGCAAUAGAAAAGUUGGUCAAAAGCAAGCUGAGUCUAGAAGGAGGCUCCUACCGGCCGAGCUUGAAAGAUCCCGCAGGCUGCCUGAAUGAGGGGAUGACCCCGCCCACACCGCAAAGAAACCUGGAAGAAGAGCAGAAAGCCAAAGCUCUAAGGGGCAGGAUGUUUGUCCUGAAUGAGCUGGUACAGACAGAGAAAGACUAUGUCAAGGACCUUGGGAUUGUGGUGGAGGGCUUUAUGAAGAGAAUAGAAGAGAAGGGCGUCCCUGAGGAUAUGCGAGGGAAGGAUAAAAUCGUGUUUGGAAAUAUUCACCAGAUUUAUGACUGGCAUAAGGACUUUUUCCUGACUGAACUGGAAAAAUGUAUCCAGGACCAAGACAGACUGGCACAGCUCUUUAUAAAACAUGAGCGGAAGCUGCACAUCUACGUGUGGUACUGCCAGAACAAGCCACGCUCCGAAUAUAUCGUGGCUGAAUAUGACACCUACUUUGAGGAGGUAAAACAGGAAAUAAAUCAAAGGCUGACACUCAGCGACUUCCUUAUAAAGCCCAUUCAGAGAAUAACAAAAUACCAGUUACUCCUCAAGGACUUCCUGAGAUACAGUGAGAAGGCUGGUUUGGAGUGUUCCGAUAUCGAGAAAGCAGUGGAGUUAAUGUGCCUUGUUCCCAAACGCUGCAACGACAUGAUGAAUCUGGGACGCCUGCAGGGCUUUGAGGGCACCCUGACUGCUCAGGGGAAGCUGCUGCAGCAGGACACAUUCUAUGUCAUCGAGCUGGAUGCAGGCAUGCAGUCCCGGACCAAGGAAAGACGCGUGUUCCUGUUCGAGCAGAUUGUCAUCUUCAGUGAGCUGCUCAGGAAGGGAUCCCUCACCCCGGGCUACAUGUUCAAAAGGAGCAUCAAGAUGAAUUACUUGGUCCUGGAGGAGAAUGUGGAUAAUGACCCCUGCAAGUUUGCGCUCAUGAACAGGGAGACCUCCGAGAGGGUCAUUCUACAAGCCGCCAACGCUGACAUCCAGCAGGCCUGGGUGCAGGACAUCAGCCAAGUCUUAGAAACACAGAGAGACUUCUUAAAUGCACUGCAGUCGCCCAUUGAGUAUCAGCGGAAAGAAAGGAGCACAGCUGUGAUGAGGGCCCAGCCUGCUAGGGCUCCCCAAGCCAGCCCCAGGCCCUACUCCUCUGUCCCCGUGGGCUCUGAGAAGCCCCCAAAAGGCUCCAGCUAUAACCCACCUCUGCCACCCCUGAAGAUAACUACCUCCAAUGGCAGUCCAGGGUUUGACUACCACCAGCCUGGGGACAAGUUCGAGGCCAGCAAGAACGACCUAGGAGGCUGCAAUGGGACCUCCUCCAUGGCUGUGAUCAAAGAUUACUAUGCACUGAAGGAGAAUGAAAUCUGUGUGAGCCAAGGUGAGGUGGUCCAGGUCCUCGCCGUCAACCAGCAGAACAUGUGCCUGGUGUACCAGCCCGCCAGCGACCACUCCCCUGCCGCCGAGGGCUGGGUCCCAGGCAGCAUCCUGGCACCCCUCACCAAAGCCACAACAGCAGCAGAGAGUAGUGACGGGAGCAUCAAGAAGUCAUGUUCAUGGCAUACUCUACGCAUGAGAAAACGGGCAGAAGUGGAGAACACGGGUAAAAAUGAAGCCACAGGGCCUCGUAAACCCAAGGAUAUUCUGGGCAACAAAGUCUCUGUUAAAGAGACGAACAGUUCCGAGGAGUCAGAGUGUGAUGAUCUUGACCCUAAUACUAGCAUGGAGAUCUUAAAUCCAAAUUUCAUCCAAGAAGUGGCUCCAGAAUUCCUCGUGCCCCUAGUGGACGUGACCUGCUUGCUUGGGGACACUGUGAUACUGCAGUGCAAAGUCUGUGGGCGGCCGAAGCCCACCAUCACUUGGAAGGGCCCAGACCAGAACAUCCUGGACGCCGACAACAGCUCAUCCACAUACACCGUCUCCUCCUGUGAUUCUGGGGAAAUCACCCUGAAGAUCUGCAAUCUGAUGCCCCAGGACAGCGGGAUUUAUACCUGCAUAGCGACAAAUGACCACGGGACAACAUCAACAUCUGCCACGGUUAAAGUGCAAGGUGUACCAGCAGCACCUAACCGCCCCAUUGCCCAGGAGAGAAGCUGCACCUCUGUGAUUCUCCGCUGGCUGCCCCCAUCCAGCACGGGGAACUGCACCAUCUCUGGUUACACCGUGGAGUACAGAGAGGAAGGUUCUCAGGUCUGGCAGCAGUCGGUAGCUUCGACCUUGGACACAUACCUCGUUAUCGAAGACCUCAGUCCUGGAUGUCCUUAUCAGUUCAGAGUCAGUGCCAGUAACCCCUGGGGAAUCAGCCUGCCCAGCGAGCCCUCAGAGUUUGUGCGACUUCCGGAAUAUGAUGCUGCUGCUGAUGGAGCCACCAUUUCUUGGAAGGAAAAUUUUGAUUCUGCUUAUACUGAGCUGAAUGAAAUUGGAAGAGGCCGUUUCUCUAUAGUCAAGAAGUGCAUUCAUAAAGCUACCCGCAAAGAUGUUGCUGUGAAAUUCGUUAGCAAAAAAAUGAAGAAGAAAGAGCAGGCUGCCCAUGAGGCCGCCCUCCUUCAGCACCUGCAGCAUCCCCAGUACAUCACUCUCCAUGACACCUAUGAGUCCCCCACAUCCUACAUCCUCAUCUUGGAGCUGAUGGAUGAUGGCCGGCUCUUAGAUUACCUUAUGAAUCAUGAUGAGCUGAUGGAGGAAAAGGUGGCAUUCUAUAUCCGAGACAUCAUGGAAGCUCUGCAGUACCUUCACAACUGCAGGGUUGCACAUCUAGACAUAAAGCCUGAAAACCUGCUCAUUGACCUCCGGAUUCCAGUGCCUCGAGUGAAGCUCAUUGACUUGGAGGAUGCUGUUCAGAUCUCAGGUCACUUCCAUAUCCACCACCUGCUGGGGAACCCCGAGUUUGCUGCCCCAGAAGUGAUCCAAGGCAUCCCUGUCUCCCUGGGCACAGAUAUCUGGAGCAUCGGGGUUCUGACGUAUGUCAUGCUGAGUGGGGUCUCCCCCUUCUUGGAUGAGAGCAAGGAAGAGACGUGUAUCAAUGUGUGCAGGGUGGAUUUCAGCUUCCCCCACGAGUACUUCUGUGGGGUGAGCAAUGCUGCCAGAGAUUUCAUCAAUGUGAUCUUACAGGAAGACUUUCGGAGGCGGCCCACAGCGGCCACUUGCCUGCAGCACCCAUGGCUGCAGCCUCAUAAUGGCAGCUACUCCAAGGUCCCCCUGGACACCUCUCGCCUGGCGUGCUUCAUCGAGCGCCGCAAGCACCAGAAUGACGUGCGGCCUGUUCCCAAUGUCAAGAGCUACAUUGUCAACCGAGCGAACCAAGGGACAUAGCCAUCUCCCAGCCCCUGAGGUUUCACAUAGAAGUGCAGUGUGAACCAAAGCAAGACUGAAUGUGCCUGUAAAUAAUUCUGUCCAUUAUUUCACUCCAUGUGGUUCUCUGGAUUGAGAGGUGUACCUCUUAAACCUCGUCAGUGGUUAUUCAGGGUCUGAGCAGCAGUAAAAUUCACCCUAAACCCGGGGCUUUUGAGGAGGUCACUCUGAAAAACUAAAGAUGCAAAGAGUCACAGAAAGUAUUGAAAGGAAAGGCAAGGGUAACAAGAAUAUUGUCUGUUAUCAAAUUUUAAUUGUAUGUUUCAAAGUGAUUAACUGGGCCACCUUAAACUCACUCAAAUGAGUGUAAAAGGUUUCUGUCUUUGCUGAAAUUUUAAGCAAAAAGUUCUAUUUAAUAGAGAUGUCCUAUAUGUCCACUAUUCUGGUUUAGAUGACUUAGAAUAUAGUUUCUUAACAGACUACAUAGCUACAUACACACACGCAGUAUAAUAUAUCCCAUUCAGGUUUCAGAGUUUUAUAAUAUAGAGUUAUAUAUGAAAUCAAUCAUAAGUAAAUUUGAGUGCUCCAGUUAAGACAAUAAUUUAUUUACCAAAACAUUACAUUGUUUUGACUAAGCACAAUUAGAUGACAAGUUUUUUAGAGCAUUUUAUAAAUCUUGUAUAGAAAUCUUUUACCAGAACCUGCACAUUGCAUUGAAAGAAAGCGAUUUUACCCUUUGGCAAUCUGUGAAUGAGAAGAUUUUUUUCUCUGUGAUAGAUUAUUUGAUUAAAAUAGGUUCUGUCUAUGAAAUGCUACCCCCGAAUUCACUGGCAGCUGAGAGUUAGUCUGGCAGGAAAGCCUGCCAGGAAAUAAGUCCAAAUACAGUAAGAGUCGUGGGGGCUAUUUUUAUGUCUACACCUGGUUUGAAAUAGGUAAAUGAGUUUAACAGGUUCAUACAAAAGGGCAAAUAGAAACAUUUCUGCAGUUCAACAUACCAAGACUUUCUGAUUUCUUCUACAGCAGUAGAAUACAGUCUUCAGAAAGCUGGCUUGCUUACUCAAUCCCCUUAUUGAAGCCAAGGGGGACUUACCAAAAGGAGGCAGCCAUAAAGGCCUUUGCAAGGCCUGCUCCCAAGUCCUUUUAGAAGCCAUGGAGCAAAACCUGGUCCAUCACCCUAACAGAGCAUUGAACUGUAACUGAGAUUGCAAUAGCUGUCACCACUCAGUGGCCGAUAUUUCUCUGGACUAAAAGGACUCGUUGUCCUUUGAGGCCCCAGUGCUGCUUCUGGUGUAUAUUCUCCAUACAAGAUUAUUGCUAACUGCCCUUUUUCCCUCCGGUGGGAAAAGACUUAAACCUGGGCAUUUCAUGGUUUCUCUUAUUUUUUUCUUUCUCUGCCUUUAGGGGAAGAAUUGUCUUUUGUGUUUGUACAUGAUCUAUCCUUUGUUUUCUAGAAUGUGUUUUGAAAUUGUUAUUAUGCACUAAUAUUUUAAAACUGUAAUUCGAGUGUUUGUUCAAAUCAGGCUUAAUGACAUUCCUUCUCUCCUAUAAUGGGAUUGAGAAAAUUAAAACCAUGCAGAGCACUGAAGUACAAGCCGAGAAUUUAUUAAGGAUAAACAGAACUACAAACCUAUUUCAGUGAAAAAGAAAUGGCAGAAACUAAGCCUGAACUUUGAUAUAUAAAAAAUACUUGUUCCCACAGUGGAAAUGUAGAAUUCAAACACUUGUCAUGCUUUUCCAUUGGCUUCAAAGUCAGCUUCCUCAUCUACCCUCCACCUUAUCCCAUCCAAGAUUACAGAUGAAUAAAUUAGUAGAAAGUACAAGCAAUAAGACUAGACAGCAUGUAGUAUUUUGGGAAUUAACCAAAUAUGUGGGAACUGACACUGACUGUAUUCGUUCCCUAGUUUUUCCAAUGGCCCUGGGUCAUCAAGCCCCACUCCCUCAGGGCUUUCCUUAACCAAGCCUCCAUAUUCUUCAUCUAAACCUAUGUAUAUACAAAUCUAUCUGAUACAAUAUUUUAAAAUUUAAACAUAUUUACUAAAAACUCUUUUAGUAAACAUGUCUUCAUUAUGAUAUAGAACAUACAAGAAGAAAGCCUUGGUCCAUAGGGUUUGUCAUGGGAUUAGAAUGCAAGUUCCAAGGAUUCUGAAUAUCUGUGAAGUAGGACUUGACAAGUUCUCUUCUGUCUGCUGUGGCUGAACUGAAUAGAGCCCUCUGCUGAGUCAUUUGGAAUGUUCGUGACAAACGGAGUUUCUGCUAGAGAGGGAUAGGGCCUGGGACGAUGGUGCAGCAGCUACUGCAGAGGACAUUAUUAACACCAUGUUGUGAGUGGACCGGGUGACAGAAUAUUAGAGCCAAAGUUUUACAGCAGAGUAAAGAUGAUCCAGAUGAGGGGUGGCAUGGAAUUCCCUCAAGUACACAUUUUGGGGGUAUAAGAAGACCGGAAAGAAGGGACAUAGAAAUGAAAUGAAAAGCAGUAUGAAUUUGCUAACUGGAGCCAAAGUACAAUCAUUAGACUAGAAUGAACCUAAGAGAGGCCCUAAGAGAAAGGGGGUAUAUUUUAUAUAGUUUGAUAACUGAAGAAAACCAAUAAGGAGACUCCCUGUCUGCAAAGCUCCUGGUUCCUCCCAACAGGAAUUAGAUGUGGUCUUGGUUCAGAAUUCUCUAUAGCAAAUUGAGACUAACAAGGAAUCCCUAAAGAUGGGGCUGGGGCAUGUACUCUAGGUUGCUCUGUGGGCGACUGUGGAGUGGGAAAACAAGGGACCACUCUCUCGUACCUGUUUUGGCAGAAAGACUCAUUACUCGGUAAUAAGUAGAGAAGAGGGGAGAGAAGAGAAAACAAGUCCACUUCUACCAUAAUUACCGCAGUUCGUAGUGGCAGCGGACUUCCAGUUGAAAUAGGAAAAA